GAAUUUUUAGGAUGUUACAAGGAGUGGUGGUUUCUGCAACAAAUUGCCCCAUGUUACAUUCAUACAAACUCUGAUAUCAGAUCAAAUUUCGGUAUGUUGCUUGAAAAUAUAGAAGGUUGUGAUGUUAUCUUUAAAGUGGGUGAUGAAAAAUUCCAUGCUCAUAAAUUGGUGUUGGCUGCUAGAUCCCCUAUAUUCCGGUCUCAAUUCUAUCAACAAGAGAGAGACCAUGAUGACAUUAUUAUUAUUGAUAUGGAGCCUAAGGUUUUUGAGGCGAUGCUACACUUUAUUUACAGAGAUGAACUUACAGAUGAAUUGGUGGCUUCAAGUUCAUCUAGGGAACAAAAUGUAUCCGAUAUAGUAGUUGCCAAAUUAUUGGCUGCUGUUGAUCGAUAUGAUUUGACUGGACUCAAAAGGAUAUGUGAGUCACAUCUCUGCAAGGGUCUGGAUCUGUCUGCUUGGAUGUCAUCAACCAAUCUUGGAGUCCAAUGUUUGAAUAUUGUGAGCUAUAUGCAAAAAAGGAGAAUAUCAAUGGCAACACACUUGGAGAUGAAAGUGAUGAAGAUGAAAGCAAUGAAGAUAUUAGUAAUGGAAGAAGUGAAUCAAGUGAAGAUGUUGCGGGAAAUGCAGACCCAUAAAGACUUAAAUACCCCUAAACUCAAAUAUUAUAAGAUUUGUUUUAUUUUGUUUAAAAGUGUCCCACUCUUGAUACGGGUUUUGUCACAUAAUUUCUUGUAAAAUUUAGACCAAAAAGCAGAGCCAUUAUGGUAAAAUAGAUAUAUAAUUGGAUAUUAGCAAGGUCAAACCUCAGAAAGAGAUCUUAAUACGUACUUCUCUUAUUUUUAUUUUCUUAUAGUCGGAUAUAAUUGCAGUCGGCUAAACGCCAUCUUUUCCAUGAUGAGACAUUCCCAUCUUUCUUCAAAAGAUUAGCCUGUUCACUUGAUGGUUCAUUUCUUCUUGUGGCUACUGGUAAGAGGUAAAUUAACCAUUUAAUUUCACUAUUUUGCCCUUGCCAAUAGUUGGACCAUUUUCCCCCUUCCAACAGUUGGACCAUUUUGCCCUUGUCAACGGUUGUAUCUUUUUAUGCUUUGUGAUUGAGUUAAAAAGUCUAUCUAUAUAUCAGAUUGCUUUUGAUCAUACAUUCUCUCAUUUAUUGAUUGGUAAUUUGCAGAAAUUAUGAUUCAUGUUAACUUACUUGUUGUAUGAUUUUUAGUGCGGGGCUUGGUGUUCAUAAAGUGGUCUAUCAGGUGCAGAAGCAAAACCUCAGUUUUUCUUAUUUGACAAAGAAGUAUGAUUUUAUGAAAAUGCCCUCGUCAAACUUGCCAUGUUAUUUGUUUUCUAUUUUUUUCAUUCGAUUAAUAAUUUGAAUGGAACAUAAGGAGAAACGUAAGUACGUUGCUAUUAUGGAUAUCAACUUAAUUUUUUUUAUGCAAGGUUUAAUCACAAAGGAGAGAGGUUGUAUUAACUCAACAGUUGCACCAUUUGCUAAAGAUAUUGGAGAGCUUGAAGAUUUAGGACUCCAUGAUUUGAUCUCGUAGCUGUGAGACUCAAAGAUCCACACUCUUGUCGGAAUGAAAAUUACAAGCUAGAUUCCUUUAUGGUCAAGAAGAUAACAAUCUGAUUCAGAUAUUUGAAAGAGAAGUGAUGCUUCUGAUUCCUACGGUGCUAAGCGGCCCCAAUGCCACUAUUUUCACUUAUGGAGCUACUGGUAGUGGAAAACCUUUUACAAUGCAGGGAAAUGAUGAGAUGCCAGGUUUGAUGCGAAUGGCUACAUCAAACAUCCUCUCGGUGUGUGAGAAGAUGGUGAAUACUGUACAAGUUGCACUAAGCUUUAGGUUGAAUUAAUUAACAACUUCAUAUAAAAUUGAAUAUGUAAAAUGCAAAGAAAAAGCAAGAAACCUUUUUCAAACUUAUUUCAUCUAUAAAUGAUUUUGGUAGU